AUGGGUUGCAGCUCGUCAACCCCAGUCGGCGACGACCCACGUGCCCCUCGACCAGCCAAACAACAGAAUGUCGACCCAGAAAAUGUCACAAGACCUGAAGUAACAUGGGAGAAAGAUUUAGGAUGGUCCUAUUGGAUCUGCGCAAAGGAACAGCAAUUGAUUGAAUCUGGACAACACAAUGAACUGCCUUCGCUAUAUCAAGAACUCAUGUUCAUUGGUGCUCGCGCAUAUCUGGCAACAAGAUAUCCUGAAUGCUCGGGCAAUGGGACAAUUGAAGACAUGGGGGAUUUACAUAUUUGUAUGGACGCAGGCGCUUGUUCGGAAAACGACAAAUGCAAGGUUCCCACAAAAGCCUUUAUGGUCAUGGACGCGUCGUUCACUGGCAUCGUUCACUCUAUAGCUUUGGUGAUAGCAAAGCCCCUUCAAAAACCCACUGACGACCAAAAACCUUGGCUAGUUCCAGGAAGCGAACUCGACAGCGGCGAACUAGCCGGUGCAAAACAUACUAUGCUGGAAAGACUCACUCUCAUGAGAGCCGAAGGCGUAAACCUCAAACAUGCACUGAUCAACAUUUUCAUCGGCGCCGAUCUCAUAACGUGCCGUUUCGACGCUUCACCCAAACCGCCGACUAUCAAUGCCUGCAACGAGGUGUGGCCACAAUUGUUGAUCGAUACGCUGGAGAGUAUGCGAAAAGACACCAAGAAGGCGCCGAAUGCAUUUCGAGGUCUUUUUGCGCCGUGUUGGUUCCGACAGACUGUUCGAGCCGCCACGAAUAACUUUGAGGGAAGUACAGUCUGGGAUGAAGGCCAGUUGCCUUUUAAGCUUCCUAAUGGAAAGAUGUAUCAUGAACCAACGAGAAUUCUUGUUACGAGGGUUUAUGAGAACAUGGUUGAGAGAGUUGAGGAGAUCCCAUUCACUGCGACGCCACCACCAUUUCCCGGCCAGGCGGAGGAAGAGUCUGAGUCAGUCACACUGGUACGAAAGGCUGAUCCGGCGAAAGACCCUGGUGGUAUUGUCAGGAUUGCUUUGAUCAUUGGAAUCAGCAAAUCUGUCGUUUGGCCAAAGGUUGGAGACUAUAUCAAGAGUUCAAUAAUGCGAGCUGGCGAAAAGGCUGUAAUGGAGUAUGCGACCGGCCUACAUGCCAAGGGAGUUUUGGAUCGUUGCACCAUUCGUGUUUACAUGGGUACCGACGAAACAGUCUUCAAAUUCGUUGGCGAUCCAACAAGUCUGUUCCCGCAAGUCAGAGCACUUCCUGGUCCUCAUGAUCUGGCCAUACAAAGCGAGUCAGCAGCCCAAGACCCCAUUCUGGACGAGAGUCUAGCAAGAGACUUCAACCUCAAGCUUUCACUCCUCCCAAAACACGAUCUCAUGGGUUCCGAGAGUCAAUUCCAAGCCGUCAAGAAAUACGUGGCCGAACAGGCCAAGACCAGAUCACCAGACGAACUACGAGCACAACUGAUAAUGGUCUCCUACAAGAUGGCACAAAGGUUUCUCACCAACAACUUUCCCAACUGCGAGAUCUCAGAUGAGGGUCCUUUUCCAGUCAUCCACCCCGAUGGAAGCCAGACUUUAGAUCAUGACACUCGUCUCAUGGUAGCACGAGAUGAUAAGAAAGAAGUCGUUGCAGCUAUGAACAUUGUCCCUUACCCCGGCGAUGAAGCCAGCCUUUUUGGAGAUAAGACUUGGAUUAAUACGCCUGAGAUGAGGGAGGCUGAUGAUAGACUGCUGAUGCUGUUGAGAAAAUGGUAUGCUGAGGGGAAGGUUUCGAAGGUUGAUUGUAUGGCGCAGACUAUGAUGGCGAAAGAUGCGACGAUUUAUAGGUUUGAUGGGGACAGGUUUGAGGAUUAUAGUGAGGAGAAGAUGAAGCAGUUUAAUUGGGGAUGA